UGUUGUUGUCACAGUUUGAGCCAGUGUGUAAUUUUUUACCACCAUAAUGGAGCCCUUCAAGUGUCUGUUUGGUGUUGUGUUGGUUGUAGUUUUGGUUUGUAAUGGAUCUUCCCAGCCGCCUCACUGGGCGCUGCCUCUGCAGCAGCAGCAGCAACCUUUUCAUCCGCCUCAGCAACAGUCUCAUGUCUCUGCUCCUGCAGCUCCCUUUGAUAAGUGCCAGGUGGAGGAGGGCGAGAAGAUCCAGUGUGGGACUCGAGAUGUCACCGCUGAGCAGUGCGCAAACAUAAACUGCUGCUUUGAUGGCCAGCAGUGCUACUAUGGGAAAGCAGUAACUGUGCAGUGUACCAGGGAUGGCCAGUUUGUGGUGGUCGUGGCUCGAGACGCCACUGUGCCCCUCAUCGAUGUGGAAUCAAUCAGCCUGCUGGAAGCAAACAACCCUGCCUGCGCUCCUGUCGCAUUCACUGCUACGUUUGCCAUUCUUCAGUUCCCUGUGACUGCAUGCGGAACCAAACUCAAGGAAGAGGAGGGUUAUGUGGUGUACGAGAACCACAUGUCGUCCUCGUAUGAGGUGGGAAUUGGACCCAGGGGCUCAAUCACCCGGGACAGCCAUUUUGAGUUAUUGUUCCAGUGCAGGUAUUCUAGCACAGCUGUGGAGGCCCUUGUCAUGGAGGUGAACGGUGUUCCUCCACCUUUGCCGGUUGCUGCAUUUGGACCCCUGAGAGUGGAGCUUAAGUUGGGCAAUGGAGAGUGCCACACAAAGGGCUGUGUGGAGGAAGUAGCAGCGUAUAGCUCCUUCUACACUCCAGCAGACUACCCCAUCACUAAAGUGCUGCGAGACCCUGUCUAUGUUGAGGUGAACAUUGUGGAGCGAUCUGAUCGGAACAUCUUCCUGAACCUGGAGCACUGUUGGGCCACUUCCACCGCCAACCCUGAGAGUCAUCCACAGUGGGACCUUCUGGUUGAUGGGUGUCCUUACCAUGAUGACCGUUAUCUGACCACAGUGGUGCCUGUUGACAGCUACUCUGGGCUUAAUUACCCCACGCACCACAAACGCUUCAUUAUAAAAAUGUUUGCGUUUGUAGACCGAGACUCCUACACCCCUCAGAAAGACACGGUGUUCAUCCAUUGUGCAACAGCAGUGUGUUAUCCCAGUAGCACUUACUCUUGUGAACAAUCGUGCCAUAGACAACGAAGAGCUGCAGUAAGGAAAGUUUCCUCAAGUCAAGGGGCUCUAGUAUCAAGCGGAGAGGUGAUCCUGACUGAGUAGAAGACUAAAUCUUCCCCUCAUGCCAAAUGAAAGACAUGACAAGCACCUGCAUCUGGACUUAACUUUUAAUAAAAGCUCAUUACAACUGGGUCAA